UGGUUUCUUGAUGAGAGCCAUGAGAGAUGGCAGAUUGCAAGGGAGUCCAUGGUUAGGAAUCUUUUGGCAGCUGAAUACGUUCAGGAAUGUGUCUGCCAGCACUGUCUGUCUACCGAGGCUAUUGUACGGUGCAGGGACUGUCUACCUAGGCAGUAUCUAUGCACCAUUUGUGAUGGAGAUGUCCAUCAGCAUCUACCUCUCCAUAACAGGGAGUCUAUGGUCCAUGGGUUUUUUAAGCCACUGUGUCCAACCACUGGAGUGAAGAGACAUUCUGAGACAUACGAGUUCUCUGAACAGGUCCGAUAUCUUCCGCUGCUUUUGCCACAGAAAAUCUGUGCCUGUUCAGAAAGUUCUUGCAGAGUAAUCAGUGGCAAGCCUAUUAUCCUUAUUAAUUUAAAUGGACGGUACAAUCUCACCCUUCCAUCACUGGAGUGUUUAAGCUGCGGGAAAACCUGGGCAGUGGGACUCAGUAAUCUCCUCAAGUCUGGUUACUGGCCAGCCUCUAUACAUUUUGAGACUGUGUAUGAGGCUGGCCUUUUUAGGUCUUUUCUGGACUUAAAACUUUUUGCUCCAGGUCUUUCACGUCAAGCAUUCCUUGGAAUGCUUGACCGAAGAACGGAGUACAAUGGCAGGAGUGGUAAAAUAUGUGGAGACACAUUCCAGAAAAGCUUUCUGGAGUGGACCUUUGCCCAGCAUGAGGUUGAGAUGCUUUGUGGUGUCCAGCCCUUUAAAUGUCCCGCCUGCAGUCCAUCCAUGCAUGCAGUGUCAGUGGAUGGUAACAGGAAACUGUACAGGUUCCAUAAUGCGAAAGGGACAGAGAAUGGCUACUUCGAUGGCGAAUUUAUAAUGAAAGAUGGUGAUGUUUCCUCCUUUGUGGAAUAUGUUCAUGAAAAGACCAAGCAUGCCACAGGUAAAGGGGUUUGUGGCUCCUCUCAGUGGACAGCAGCCAAGGAGUCUGCAAAAAAGUCAACAUCAAAGAUUGAUGAGGAAGGCCUUGAGAUUGCUGUGUGCCGACAUGGAGGACUUUUAAAAGCCCUAAACAUGUUUAGAGGGGAAAUUUUUGCCUAUCCCCUGUUUCUUCAAAAUGCCCUCUCAAAAGAAAAUGUGACAUUCUUCUGCUCAGAUGUUGCCUGCAAGUACUGGCCAUACCUAAAGAGAGUGGUUGGACACUGUCCGGAGCUAAGGCCUUUAUUAAGUAUGCACCCACUAUUAUCAGUUAUGCAUGCCAAAGCACAUGAGUGGAGUUGUGAGAUAAAAUGGUCCGGGAAAAACCAAGAGGGAGCUGGUCUUACAAUUGGAGAAGAGGUGGAGCAAGUCAACUCCUUCCUAUCAAGAGCUGCAAUCUGCACUAAAUACAUGUCCAAAGCUGCACGUUCAGACAUGCUUACAGUUCUUGCUUCUGCAUGGAACAAACGGAAAUCUGAAAAUCUGGCAAAAUAUUUGUCCCAGAGAUACAUUAAGACAGCCGGAAGGCUGAAAGUGGAAAGAGAGAGUUGUGCAAGUCUGCAGGCUGAGCUAAAUAUCAGUGAUGAUGAAAUUCAGCAGUGGGUCAGUGAUGUCCAGCAGUGGGCUGCAGGAUCAAGUGCAAAAGAUGACGCUGGACUUGAGGGCAGAAUUCGAGGCCUUUAUCUCAGCAUAAAGCAGAGAAAAAAUAAUCUGUACCAUCAGACAGAUAGCAACAAGAGAAGGCACAAAAUGAGGAGAAGAAUGAAUGAAGACAAGUCAACCUUGGCAGCUGCCAUUAAGGACUUCAAUGAACAGUCAACCCACCAGCUUCCUUCCGUGGAUGAACUGCUUGCAGCUGAUAAUUUCCAAUGGCCAUGGGAAUGCCCUGACACUAGUAACGGCAACCUCUCAACCAAGAAGAUGGUCUUUGACCGGUUCAUGUUGCUUUCCCGACUGAAGGAGGAAGAGCAGAUCAUAAUGAUGGAGGUCAAGCAACACUGGCAAUCUUUAAAGGAGGCUGAAAGUUCAAUGAGGGAUCUUUCAGCUUGUAUCAUAUCACCUUGUAUCAUAUCACCUUGUUAUUUGUACACAGUGUGACUAUACAAAUCACAA